AAGAAAAUCUAUUAUUCAGUUGGCUUCCUUUUAGCAGGUAAAAAACAAUACAGAUAAAUUGGACAGUUAUUGAGUCAUUUGUGUUGUGGUUAUCUUUGCGUAAGGUCGCAGCUAAGUCCAGAUCCCAUCUGUCUCAUUAAGGUAAACAGUAUCAGUGCCAGUAGACCGACUUGGCUUAUGUUAUACGGAAUAAUAUGAGGUAUAAUGAACACUGAACAUCAGCGUUACGGCGAGGCGUCAGCUGAUAUAGUUGCACCGAAGAAUCAAUAACGUGAUGUACUGGAUUGUCCGACUAGUUCAUUUUGAAUGAGUCGGGCGCGAUCGGAAGUGUGGAGUACUGCGUGGAUUAGAAAAUGGAAUUUAACGAUAUUCAGAUGGAUAUUUCAUGAAACAUCGAUCUUGUAAACAUUACUAUGGAUAAUCUGUAAUCACAGGAUGUUGGAAUUAGCCUCAAAGUUUAUUUUUUCUUAUUAGUUUUUCUUAGUUAUCAGGAGUUCCCUGGUUCACUUUUCUCUAUGUUGUCCAUAUUGCUAUUGGCUAAGAAAACUGUCAUGAUGAAAACAGAAAAGUUCCAAGACUUGUAUCCUCUGGAGUACCUUGCUCUGGAAGUAAACCCGGAGUGGAGUCCACACGGAAUAGAGGAGGAUGCAUUUAUUUAUGAAUCACUGGAGGAUGUAGCCAUGGUUCGAUAUCCAUUGCUUGGGGUGGACUGCUCAGGCAAUGGAAGUCGCCUGGCAUCAAGAAGAGGGCACAGUAUUCCACCAGUCCAGCCACCAUCUGCCAUAUCACCUCCGUACUCACCUAUCCCUAGCCCUAGUAUCCGCAGUGUGAGCAGCACCAAGUCGACAUGGAGCGAGCUACUGGGACUCAAGAAGAGAGACUCGUCAGGGUCAUUCUUGAGUGGCAGUGGGUCACUUAGUUUAUCUGGAGUUAGUAGUGUAAUGAGUGAGAAGCUGAAGGAACUCCAUCGCAAGUUUACAUGUCGGACGCAAUACUUCAAAGAGAAAACAAGACAGACGCCCACACCAUCCUCUCCAAGUUGUGAAGCUGACAAAUUCACAGGUGCACCUAAUGGUUCUCCAUCAAUUUCUCCGGGACCAAAACGUCACAGCUCCUUCUCCGGGUCUUCCAGUAUUAAUGCACUAGACGAUGACAUCCACUAUGUUGGCAUCAAUAACUGUAAGGUUAAGUGCCCAGCUUGGAUAGAAAAAUUUACCUUUCCACGAGCAAUCGAUCCACAAAGCAAGCUGUACAUAGGCUGGCUCUUCAUCGUAGUCCUAGCAUUCAUGUACAAUGCCUGGGUGAUUCCAUUACGCUUUGCCUUCAAGGAACUCGUACAGAAACCCGAACAUAUCAGAUAUUGGUUACUAUGUGAUUACAUAGCUGAUUUCAUCUACGUUCUUGAUAUCGUCUUGUUUGAAUCGCGAUUGGUAUUUAUCCGUGAUGGGAUAUUCGUGCAUGACCCUCAAGCUAUGAGGCAAAACUAUUUCAAGAAAUUCACUUUUAAGAUUGACUUGCUGAGUCUGAUGCCGCUGGACCUACUAUACCUCAUGCCUUCGAUAAAUUAUACGUCCCUCGUCAGGAUUCCAAGGCUAUUCAAAAUCCCGACAUUCUGGGAAUUCUACGAGCGAUUCGACCAAGCCGCCAAGUCGGGACAUGCAAUAAGGAUAUUGAAAACUAUGACCUACAUGAUUUACCUAAUCCAUGUGGAAGCGUGUGGAUAUUUCUGGAUAUCGUCCUAUGAGAAGUUCAGCACAAACUGGACGUACAGCCCAGAGAAAUUCCUUAAAGUUACUGCUUAUGUCCGAUGCUUCUACAUAGCCACCAAGACUGCCACCUCUAUUGGCAAGAACCCCAUUCCCACCAACGACCUUGAAUACAUGUUCAUGACUGUCUACUGGUUGUCAGGGGUAUUUGUCUUUGCACUGCUUAUUGGUCAGAUUCGAGACAUAUUUGAAGCUGCUGGUGCUGUCAAAUCAAACUAUCGUAAGACUAUGGACAUCACACUCUGGUACAUGCAGUCACUCAAUCUUCCUAAAGAAUUGCAGGGUCGUGUCAGGAUGUGGUUCAACUACAACUGGGACCAACAGAAAACACUGGAUGAGAACAGUUUAAUUGAAGCCCUGCCCAACAAAAUGAAGACCGACCUUGCAAUCAAUGUUCAUUUUGGCACACUUUCUAAAGUCAUGCUGUUUCAAGACUGUGACAAGAACCUGCUGUAUGACCUGAUCCUAAAACUAAAGCCUGUGUUAUAUCUUCCCGGUGAUUAUAUUUGUAGAAAGGGUGAGGUCGGUACGGAGAUGUACAUUGUGAUGAGUGGUCAAGUCCAAGUGGUCGGUGGCCUCAACGAUGAUAUUAUCUAUGCUACGUUACAUGAAGGAAGUGUAUUUGGUGAAAUAAGUUUACUCUCCAUGGUAGGAGGUAACAGACGUACUGCUGACGUGAGAUCCAAGGGCUUCUCAAAUUUGUUCACCUUGUCCAAGGUGGACUUCGAGGAAGCUAUGAGAGAUUAUCCAACUGCUCAAGCCAUGCUCAAGAAGAGAGCAAAAAAACUGCUGUCAGAAAAUAAGAAAAUAGAACAACAAGAACUUUUCAAAGCACAAUCCGAAGAGAUUAUAAAAAGUCGAACCCCAACCCCUAAAAUGGUGCAUACUGUUAUCAAGAUUCUGGAACCAGAUUCCAAAAUAGCUGAAAUUUUACGCGCCAGAGGCAAGAAGAAGAAAGCAGCCAGGGCGAAUAAAGUGAAUCCUUUGGCUAAAAAGAUGGAGUUUCAUGAUGAGAAUCACCUGAAUCUGAUGCAGAGUCUCAUGUCCGAUGAUUGUAGUGAUAGUAGUGAGGAUGCUGAAGAGGAGGCUGAUGAUUCGUCAGUAUUCGAGUCCAAUAUUCAUAGAGAAAUGGACAAUCUGUCUGUAAGUCUUCCACGAGGUCUCUGCUGUUCGGACGAGGAUUCCACACCUGUGUCUGAAGACAAUCAUCAUCUGGAACGAAAUGAGGGAAAGGAAAACUCACCACCACUGGAAGAAGCAUCAAAAGAAGACAAGAACCAUCCAACAUCGAAACACAACAAGGAAUUCAUCAAUAAGGAUAUAGCCCACUUGGUUAUUGAGAGAGAAAAACAAUCUUUGGCCUUGCCCAUCCAUAAUCGUGCUAGGCCAAGACGGGCUUCAAAUCCGAGGGACUUUACUGGGGAACCUCAUAGCUCUUCAAGGACAAGGCGAGCCUCAAAUCCAAAUGACUUGAUUUUGGAACCGCAUAGUCCCUGUAGGCUAAGGCGGGCCUCCAAUCCAAGGGACCUGACUUUGGUACCUCGUAGUCCUUGUAGGCCAUUUUGUUAUCCUCUUUCAUUGGAAGUGGCACCGGCCCUCCUCAUCACAGAACCCAAGUUAGAAAAGUCACAUCCACGUAUUCCUGAUGAGAACAUGGUGACAUGCAACGUGGAGGUUCAUUGUGAGAAAUCUCCAGAAAAUCCAGAUGGUGUGGAUAAUUUGGCUUUUAUCGGAUCAGACAGUAGCCAUUCUAUAAAAAAUACUCUACCAAGUGUGCCCUGCAUAGAGAAAAGUAUAAGUGAAAACGGCUGAACCGGUUGGGGUCGGCUUAGGUUUAAUUUUCUGCUGGAUGUUGGCCUGUAAUCUUUAUAGUUCCAUCAUGAAACUUGUGCUGCUGGUGCUGCAUUCUUGUCACAUCUGGACAGCAUGUUGAAUUUCAUUGCACUCAUCUGAUCAUUAGGGGUAGAGAUUACAUGGUACCAGAGACAGUAGUACCUCCCUUAGCAGACACCAGUGUUUUUGGUCCCAUAUUGGUAAUUUCCAUUCAAAUUGUCCCCUUUAAUCAGGAGGCCUCACUAUUGAGGACAGCAUUUUGUAGUCACAGGGGUGUCCUUGUUGGAGGUUCCACCAUAUUAGGUGACCUGUGUGCAUUGAAAGUUGUCAGGAUAAAUCACUGAGAUUUUUCACCGCCAUUAGAAUGUACUGUUCUUGUUUUACAUGACAAGCAAUGAAGUGAUCCUAAUGAAAAUAUAGGUCCAUUUAAAUAAUAUAUUUAUGUAGAUUUAGAACAUAGGUUUCUUCUUUUUCUUGAGAAACCAGUAAAAGUAUUUAAUUUGAAACUGCUAAUUUACAUUAACUAGUGUAAAUAUUGAAUGAAAUAAAUUGUGGUUAUUUUUA